AUGGCUGGAACGGCGACACAAACAAUGCAGGCAGCUACAACGACGACCAUUACGGCAUCCUUCCAAUGGGACCGGUUGGAUGAGACGACACGACUAUCUUAUAUCGAUCCCAGCACUCAUUUUAAGCUUGGCGAGCGCUUUGUGUGGCAUCCGACCAACGAUUUCGAGGACCAGAUCUGGUCUAUUUUCAUGUACCCAAAGCUGGAAAAUUUGUUCAACAGGAAUCUGAAUCAAAUCUUUGGGACCCGGCGGAGGCCCGGCUCGCACAUCAAAUGUUACAUGACCAGCACCACGACGCUCUGGAGAACGGCCAGGCCAACAGUGGUCGCUUCAUGCGCGAAGCCGAAGUAUGCCCAUAUUAUGGUGACAGUGCUUUCAGGAAACCCUAUCAUCCGGCGGCUUAACUCUGGGUUCGACUUCUAUGCCGAUCCAAGACCGGUGGACACCAGGAUUUGUGCAGGGCAGCAACCCCUGCCUCAAGAUCCCCCUUUGGCGACGCUCUGUGGGCUCAGAAUCGCAAUUGCUACUGGCGUGGGAGGUGAUCCGUCUCGUCGGAGGCAUGCCACACUCGGUGGGCUUAUUUGCCUCGAUAACGCAUACUACGGCCUCACCGCUGCUCAUGCCUUCCUCGAGGAGACAUGUUCAGAUGAUGGGAUCGAAGAGCAUAGCGACAGUGGCGCGAGUUCCCCUUCUCAUUCCACCAGGAGUGAAGCAAAGUCCUUGGCUUCUGACGGGUCAUUGUCCCCGGCAAGCUCUGGAACGAGAGUAUACAUGGACACUGCCCCUUACGAGACACACGCAGAUCAUGCUGGUUCGAUUCGUCCUACACAAACUGGAACAACACCCGAAACGCUUACGGAGCAUGUCCUUGGCGAACUACAUGGAGCAAACCCCAGCGCACCCUGGCUAAGUUGGACUGAAGACUGGGCUCUGAUCAAAAUCUCUGACCCGAGGUUUCACCUCCCCAAUCUUUUCACAGUUGAUGGUAGGACGAUAAGAUGCUCAGGUGUAGCCAGCAUGCCUCCACGAGGGAAAGUCGCUGUUGCCGCAGGGUUUGGCGCCUUGCACACGGCCGAAGCGUCAGGAAGAACUGUCGGGGUCCUUAUGCCAAAUUCCGCCCAAAUGAUAUCCGCAUGGACAGUUCAAAGCACCAGUGCUCCGGGAGACUGUGGUAGCUGGGUCAUGGACUUGAUCACCGGCGAACUGUAUGGGAUGAUUGUAGCGUCGUCGAGACAGCAGAAUUGUUCUUUCUGCUUGUCUAUGUCGAAGAUCUUCGAUAGUAUCGCGACCUUCACAGGCGGAUCCAGACCCGUUGUUUAUGGAUUGCCGGAGAGCCAGCCUGAACCAGCAGUACUCCCAGAUCUACCCGCAACGACUGCCUUAACGACUGCCCAGAGUUCCACAAGUGAUCCCUGCAGUGAGCAAUCAGCACCUGCUCCGGCCGGGGUCGAUCCGGCUGGGCGUGGCCCGGAAGAGCACAUGGCCAGCUACGUGAGCUCUGUGCAUGAUUCUGUACAGCAGAGAAUCACGAGCAUUAAUAGCGGCGACAGCGAUGACGGUAAUACGAGAGGCGGCAACAGUAUAUGGCCCGAUCAGCAGGAGAAUGACAGCCGUGGGACAGGAAAAGAAGAAGACGCACACGCCCACGAGAAUCCAUCUUCACCCACUGACAGGCCGGAGCCGCUGUAUUAUGAACCGGCGAUUACUAAUAGACCCGAAUUCACGUCUGAAGCACAAGAGAGGGAGCUUGACGCACGUGAGAGAGAGCUUGACGCACGGGAGAGAGAGCUUGACGCACGGGAGAGAGAGCUUGACGCACGAGAGAGAGAGCUUGAAGCACGGGAGAGGGAGCUUCCCAAAAGAAGGCCGCGAGCUUUGCCGGAAGAAAUCGUUGUUACUCGCGUUCAUAAUCAUGACGACCAGGAAGAUGCUUCGGCAAGCUCGACUUCGUCAAGUUCGACCGAGCGCCAUUUUGACAAGGCCCGACGCCCAAGCCAUUCAUCAGUCACGGAGAUCAUCAUAAACGAGUCCGACGCUGGAAAACGACGUGGCUCGCCUAUCCGAAUUUCCAUAACGGUUCCUACCGGUUCAGGACGACAAACUCCUCAAAUCACUGCCACCAAAACUGCUAGAGAAGCGGGACGCGCCCGCCAUUCAAAGCACGAUGGUGAGCAACAGGACAAGGAAAAUGAUGACCGAGGAACCCAAGCAACAGUGGAAGGACAAAAGGUCUCCGAUACACGCCUUCGACGGGAGACUCACACACGAUGGCGCUCUCCGCCCAUCAUCGAAAGGGAGUUUGACGCUCGAUGGCCAUCCUCUCGGGCGGUUGAAGGUGCACUUGUUCACCAGCCUUGGGCGGGCGCUGAAGCAAAUAUUGAGUAUGGCGCACAGAGGAGAAGUGACGGACGUCGAAAUACAAGCUACUACAGCAAGGGCCGAGACGAAAUACACCACGAAAUGAGGGAUCCAGCGUACAAAGACACCGUGGGAAAAGACCUUGACGGCGGCAAGCCGGUUGCGCAAGAGCCAUGGCCGAGGCCGGGACGCACCAAAAUGCGGAAGUGGCUCGUUCACCCACGAGCAUUGUUCGACUUGGGGUAUUCAUAUUAUAAAGAGAAUGAUGAUUUUGUCAUUGGGAAGGCAUUGAGUGCGGCCAAUAUCGAUGAGGUUGUUGCAAAGAGCGCCGAAUUUCAAAAGUCCGAUGCCGACGCGCAGACAAUUUCCGAUCCGCGAAGGCCGAGGUCAACCUCUCCCCGUCAACGCGCAGACCGCCGAGAGGGGGCGCCCACUGACGUUGACAUGCUUCCGGAGGAGAAACGAAUGCUGUCGAUGGAAGAUGCAUUUCCUCACAAUUGGUUUGGCGCACGAGGAAGUUCGCCUCGGAGAGAAAACCUGAUAAGGCCUAUUGACGAGCCACGCCCUUUUAUCACACCCGCUGUACGUCACAGCGAAGCAGGAAAUGCAAGAGAUUUCUACGACACAAGUGGCUAUCAAGGUAACGUAAUUGCCGGCGGGAAAAUAGGCAACGCAGUUGACGGCGCCACGCGAGAAUGGAACUAUGUCAGCGUGCCGCCGGGAACUGUUCGAAUCACCAUGGAUGGCAUUGGAGGAUCUAGUCGGGUGAUGGAAUGGGAUCCAUACGAUGGAUCCCCUUUCUCGCAAGAAAGGGGGGACCUUUCACGAGAGGAUCGUGGACUGAACCAUUUUGGAUACAGACGAGACAAUCUAGGCGCUGCAAAACACGAUUCCUUUACAAGUUAUCCCACCACAACCAAUGCAACAAAGUCGCGAGAACUACGAAUAUCCCAAAGCCCACCGAGAGCCGAGACAAGGUUCAAUUCCAAGCCACGCCGUAUCCAGGAAUACCCUCCGUACCAAAGCAUCAACAUGGAUAGGCUCCCAAAUCCGGAUUCGCCGCUUCCGUCUACCACUGCGGAAAAGAGGCCGAGCUUUGAGAAUCUAGUCUUGAAGGUCCUUCUGGAGCCAGACCUGUCCGACCGCGACAAGUUGACCCGCUUGAUGCAAUACUACAGCCAAGAUCGAAAGCAAGUAGAAGAGGACGAGAUGGAGGAGCAGGGGGAGGAAGUAGUUGUGAUCGAAGAUCGUGUUCCGCCGCAUCGGGGAGGUUAUGUCGCCACCAUAGAUUCGACCGCAGAAAGCCGAGCAUGGGACCGAAUGCCUCCACUUACACAAGUUGGCGUACCUCGAACAGAAAAGCAACCGGCUGAGAGAGACGAUCUCAAGAUUGAGGAAGCCAGGUACAGGGCGAAUGCUCUGAGCAGAGGAUUGAGCAUGCAGCAGAUCUCGACGAUCCUCAACCAUACAAGGAAAAUGCCUCCCCAUGCUCGCCGGGUGUGGCUGAGCGAAACUCUUGUCAGAGAGUAA